UUGUGGAACUAAUUUUCUCUAUUUAAGAUGCUUGUUUUUGUUUGUUUUCAAGCUUCACUUUGACGUUAAAAUAGAUAAACCAGAGAGUGGGAGAAAUUCACCGAAUCCUCAGAAAAUUUUAUUACAUCAAUUCGUUAAAAACCUCGACUUCAGAACUCACGCCGUACGGUACUCACUGUCCAGUUCCCAGAGAGAGAGAGAGAGAGAGAGAGAGAGAGAGAGAGGAGCAAAGAAAUUCUCCCUGCAAAGGAUCUGAUCCAAACCCUAGCUUCGUACCAACUAAAUCUCUUGAGGUGAGAAAAAUUUUUGGGUUGAAGGAAAAGGGAUAUGGGCAGUAGAUGGUGGGAAGAAAUGGCGAAUCCGAUGCAGCAGCCUUCUCUCCACCACAGAAACUCCGGCGAAGAUGAUAAUGCCGGCGAUCACAACCCCGACGAAGACGACCACCAAGAAACCGACGAGGAUCGCCGCGUCGAUGUCUCCGGCGAGCCCUCGUCGAGCACCGGGCGCCGCCCUCGCGGGCGGCCCCCGGGGUCGAAGAACCGGCCGAAGGCCCCCGUGGUGAUCGCCAAGGAGAGCCCUAACGCCCUCUGCAGCCACGUCCUCGAGAUCGCUAGCGGCAGCGACGUCUACGAGUGCCUCGCGACCUUCGUGCGCCGUCGCCGCUGCGGCGUGUCCGUUGUCUGCGGCAGCGGGGCCGUAAGGGACGUCACGCUGCGGCAGCCGGCCGCCCCCGACGGCGUGAUCAGCCUGCCGGGGCGGUUCGAGAUACUGUCGCUGUCAGGGACGUUCCUGCCCGAGCCGUCGCCGCCGGGGGCCACCCGGCUCACGGUGUUCCUUUCCGGCGGGCAGGGGCAGGUCCUCGGUGGCGCGGUGGUCGGGGCGCUGAUGGCGUCAGUGCCGGUGACAGUGAUCGCAGCGUCGUUCACGAAUGCGGUGUACGAGAGGCUGCCCCUCGAGGACGGUGAAGGGGCAGCGCCGGCGGCGGAUCAAACAAAGCCGGAGACGGCUUUGUAUAAUUCGGAGGUGUCAAAUGAUGUUGUUUGGGCUCCUCAAACAUGCCCUCCUCCCUACUAAUUAAUUCUGUUUUAAUAGAAGAGAUUUUGUACUCCUAAAAAACUAAGUGAAUUUUAUAUAUAUGACUUUGAUAA